AUGGUGCUUCGACCUUUUGUGGAGGAGCCGAAGGGCGAGGUAGCCAACUACCCGUACUUCGAGCGCGGCAAGGACAGCACCAUGGCGUACUUGUACCGCCUCUUUCAGGAGCGGAUCGUCAUGUUUGACGGGGCCAUGGGCACCAUGAUUCAGAAGUAUAAGCUCGGGGAGGAGGAAUACCGCGGAGAGCGGUUCAAGGCGAGUGCUGCCUGCCGUUGUUCAUGUUUGCAGCACUUGCUUGGAAGAAGCAAAGGUGACUACCACAUCCUCGUCAAGGGGAACAACGACAUGCUGUCCAUUACCCAGCCGCAUAUCAUCAAGGAGAUCCACACCAAAUACCUAGACUCGGGCUCGGACAUCAUCGGCACCAACACCUUCUCAGCGACCACGAUCGCUAUGGCCGACUACGAGAUGGAGAAGGACGUCUACGAGCUCAACUUCGAGAGCGCCCGCCUGGCGAGGAAGGCCUGCGAAGAGGCCACGGCCAAGGACCCUACCAAGCCGCGCUUCGUGAUGGGAGCCCUCGGUCCCACUAACCGGACGGGAUCCAUCUCUCCGGAUGUGGAAGACCCUUCGUUCCGAAACGUAACGUUCGACGAGCUGGUGGUGGCCUACAAGGACCAGACCAAGGGCUUGAUCGACGGCGGGGCGGACAUCAUCAUCGUAGAGACUAUCUUCGACACGCUUAACGCAAAGGCCGCAGUGUUUGCGGUUCGAGAGUACUUUGAGGAGCAAGGGAUCACGGACGUCCCUCUCUUCGUAUCGGGUACGCUGGUGGACCAGUCGGGCAGGACGCUCUCCGGUCAGACCACAGAGGGCUUCUAUGUGUCCAUGAGGCAUUGCAAGCCCUUCUGUGUCGGGCUCAACUGCGCCCUUGGGGCCUCCCAGAUGCGGCCGUUCCUGCAGCGCCUCGCCCAGGUGGCGGAGUGCUUCGUCCACGUUUACUCCAACGCGGGGCUGCCGAACGCCAUGGGCGGCUACGACGACACCCCCGAGGACAUGGCUCGCGACAACCUCCUCUUCGCCCAGGAAGGGCUCAUCAACAUGCUCGGCGGCUGCUGUGGGUCGACCCCGGCGCACAUCAAGGCAAGAAGGAAGGGGAGGGCGGAGAAAAAACGCGCUAUGAAGGACGCGGUCGAGCCUUGCAGCACUCGCGCGCUGCCGCCCCCGCGCGAGCCCUUCAUGUGGCUCUCCGGCCUCGAGGAUCUGAUCGUCACCAAGGAGCGGUUUCAGUUCCUCAACGUCGGGGAACGAUGCAACGUUAGCGGUUCUAUCCGUUUUAAGAAGCUCAUCCUCAAAGGUGACUACCAGACAGCUAUGGACGUUGCCAAGCAACAGGUGGAAGACGGUGCGAUGGUGAUCGACAUCAACCUGGACGACGGCCUACUGGACGGCAUGGCCGCCAUGCAGAAGUUCUGCAAGAUCGCGGUCACCGAGCCAGACGUUAGCAAGGUCCCGUUCAUGAUCGAUUCGUCCAAGUUUCCCAUUGUGGAGGCCGGUCUGAAGUGGGUGCAGGGCAAGAGCAUCGUCAACUCCAUCUCUCUCAAGGUCGGCGAGGAGGAGUUCAAGCGCCACGCGAGGAUCGUCAAGGCGCACGGGUCGGCGGUGGUGGUGAUGGCCUUCGACGAGGAAGGCCAGGCCGCCGACUGCGACAACAAAGUCCGCAUCUGCAAGCGCUCCUACGACAUACUCGUCGACGAGGUCGGCUUCCCCCCCGAGGACAUCAUCUUUGACCCCAACAUUCUCACUAUCGCCACGGGCAUUGACGAGCACAACAACUACGCUGUCGACUUCAUCCAAGCAACGGAGAGGAUCAAAGAGAUCGAUCUCACGCCGGUUUGCGCACCGUUGCUUGCCGUCCAGAUUUGCCCGUACUGCAAGAUUUCCGGCGGGGUGUCCAACCUGUCGUUCGGAUUCAGAGGGGUUAACGUCAUCCGUGAGGCCAUGCACUCGGUGUUCCUCUUCCACGCGGUCAAGGCCGGCAUGGACAUGGGUAUCGUGAACGCCGGGAUGCUGGAGGUGUACGACAACAUCGAGCCCGGCCUGCUAAAGGUCGUCGAGGACGCCGUGAACAAUAAGCACCCCGGCGCGACGGAGGCAUUGCUCGAUGCCGCGGAGGUGAGAUGA